CGCAGAUGUGGCCACGCGCAGUCGGUUUUCACCAAUUGGCCACUUCGUACCUCGGAAAAGUCAGAUUAAAAAGAAAUCGGAAAACUCGGACUUAUUUUUCAAUAAGUGGACGGAGUGUUGAUAGACUGCCGGUUUGAAAAACGAUCAAAUGUCUCUAUGUCCGCCUCUGAGUCUCUAAGUCGGCUUGCACGGAGUGAAUCUCUGUGAGGAGUUCCUGUCGCUCAUGUGCUGCUGUUUCAGUGUUUGGAGGAUGCAACGUUCCCAACGUUGCACGGUCGGGGGGAGUGGCUAUGACGGGAAAAUUGCCGGGCUGUACGAUCUGGAAGCGACUCUAGGCCGCGGGCACUUUGCCGUUGUCAAGCUGGCUCGGCAUGUAUUCACUGGGGAAAAAGUCGCUGUGAAAGUCAUUGACAAGUGUAAACUGGACGGCGUAUCCAGGGCACACUUGUUUCAAGAAGUGAGAUGCAUGAAAUUAGUGCAGCAUCCUAAUGUCGUGAGGCUGUACGAAGUGAUAGACACACAGACGAAGCUUUAUCUCGUACUCGAGCUGGCUGACGGAGGUGACCUUUACGAUUACAUAAUGAGACAUGAGUCUGGAUUAUCGGAGCCUCUUGCCAGGGAGUAUUUUGGGCAGAUUGUCCGAGCCAUUUCGUACUGCCACCGCCUCCACGUGGUCCACAGAGAUCUCAAACCGGAGAACGUUGUCUUUUUUGAGAAGGACGGUGUCGUCAAACUGACAGAUUUCGGUUUUAGCAACAAGUUUUGCCCGGGUCAGAAACUAGAGACUUCUUGUGGAUCUUUGGCUUAUUCAGCUCCGGAGAUUUUACUAGGAGAUUCAUACGACGCUCCCGCUGUUGAUGUAUGGUCCCUUGGAGUGAUACUAUACAUGCUAGUUUGUGGACAAGCUCCUUUUCAAGAGGUUAAUGAUAGCGAAACGCUUACUAUGAUUAUGGAUUGUAAAUAUACAGUGCCCAACCAUGUAUCACCACAAUGCAAAAGACUGAUAGGAAGAAUGUUAGUGAGACAGCCUGACAAAAGAGCAACGCUUGAUGAAAUUGCAUCCGAUCCCUGGGUGUCGUUGGAUACGCUUUCCAGUUUGGCAAUGCCACUCAUAUCAAGCCGAAUGCUGAGCGAGGCCGACCAUGCGACAGUCGUACAAAAAAUGGUGAAUGGCAACAUUUGUACAAAAGAAGAGAUAAUAGAUUCAUUAGAAAAAAACGAUUACAAUUACAUAACUGCUACUUACUAUUUAUUAGCAGAAAGAAAAUUGAGAGCUCUAGAUCCAAAACCAGCCACAAAAAUAAUUCCAAAAGCUGCUCCUGUCGUGAGGGUAGAUUCUUGUGCUGAAAAUGAAUUUUCUCCUGUACCUAUGUCAAACAUUAUAAAUUCGAGGGCCGAGAUAGCUCCAAGGACGAGGAAAUGCUCGAUAGUCAAUGAAGACGAUGAAGAGGAGAGCAGCAGUUCAAGAGAGAGUGGAGGUCUCAACAGAAGAGGGUCAAGGAGUGAAGGCAAACUUCAUCUUGCGGUACAGGAGAUACGCAGACAAGCGGUUCAAAUCAAUUCGAUCACCGAGGCUUCAACUGCGCCCGGACCCCUCCAUCCAAACACGUCACACCACACACCUGUCAGAUCGGUCAAAACCUUGCCCACACCAAUCGGGCCGAUCGGUUCGUCCCCCUUGGGGAUCAACAGUGGCAUCUCGAGAUACGAAAGAAGGGGAAAACUACGAAAAGGCAGCACAGCUUCGUGUAGUUCAUCCGAUGCGAGUGACGAAGAUUCUGAGGGAAGGAACAAACGGAAAGGAAGUACUAAGUCUAUAGGAAGAGGAAGAGGCCCUCAAGAUCCAGGUGCAGGAGCAGGAGGUACUGGCAGUGCUCCUCCAUCAGGAGGUGAAAGUACGCCCGGGGAUCAAAAUGGGACAAACCACAGUCCAUCCAACAGAGGGCGAGGGAACCAGGGGGAUUGUCCUACUGGGGGUUCAGUCGGACGUAGACGCUGUGAAACGAGGUUGAGAGAGAGUCAAUCCUUAAACAGAAUCACAGAGGUGCAGGAGAUUGAACCGACCUCACCUAAAGAGCCCGAAUCAAAUAAAGACAACAAGCCACUGCUUAAAACUGUUUCAGAAUCAAAAUCAUCAAGUCCUGUAAACAAUGGAGGGGGAAAACGAAACGUUCUUAUGGGCAAAUAUCUAAUGCUGCAGCGUAAACUCUGCCUCCCGUUGUUGGGCGGCUCCUCGAAGAGCAAACAAUGCAAGGACGACGUGAACCAAAAUCACAAGCACUGUUCAGUCGGCAGAGUCCACCCGGCGCAAAAGUGCUACUCCCUCUGCUGACCCGAAAUCCCUCCGGUGCAUGACAGUCACCUCGCUAGUCCCCCGACAAAACAAAACAGUCCUAGUCAUAAAGUAACGACAGAACAAAGUGAAAUAUCAAAAAACAACUUAGAACAUCACAAGCUUUAGUCUUAUUGCCAGUCCUUUUCUUUUUAUUGGUUUAUUUAUUGAGGGGAAGGAUGGAGAAUUUGAAGGCUGUGAAUCUUAAAUUGUACACGCGAGACCUUUUGGAUUCUCUUUUUUCAUAUGGUCAGUUUUGGUUUAAUACCAUACCAUCAUUAUUUUAAAUAACAGUUGAAUCUCUUUUUUUUUAUUAUUAUUAUUUAUUUUAUUUAGCCUCUUUCAAUGAAAAUAAAAUACAAAAAAAGGUAACAUAAAACAGGGUUUUUCUCCUUGUAUUCUCAUCAGAGCUUAAACUAUAAAAUUUAAAAAAAAAAAAAAAAACUCAGAUUAUUAGGAGGUUGUAAAAAAAUCCUGUAUUGUGCCAAAAAGAAAACAAUUUAAAACUAGGUAAUUUCAAAUAAAAAAGUUGAUUGUUUUGUACCUUUUUCUAGCAAAGUAAGUGUUUCUAUAUACAUAUGCAUGAAGAAAUAAAUAUAUAAAUUACUAAUAAUAUAAAACAAAUUAAUAAUAAUGAUAAUAACGUAUAUGAUAAGGACAAAAUGUACCCAAAAAGUGUUUAACAUUAACAAACUGAAGUAUUUUUAAUUGACAAAACAUUGUAGGAAAUAAUUUGUUUGUUGAACCAAAUAAUAGUUAAUGCAUUUUGUUCACGUCACAUCAGAUUUUGGGCGUAGGGUAGUGAGUGCUAGAUUUGAUUGAUUGUACCUUUGAUUUUUUUUUUUUUUUUUUUUUUCAUUCCGUCUUAAUUCGCACACGAACAAACGCAACACCCACACACACACACACACACACACACACACACACACACACACACACACACACAAGAUGACAAUGUAUUUCACUCAAAAUACGCACAGUACGUUAUUUUCAAAAAAAAAAAAUUCUUAUUCUUGAAGGACAUCCAUUGUUGUGGAAAAUUCUAUUUUUGUUGGUGGAUGUUUUAAAUUUAAAAUUAAAAUAUAUUUUUUUUCCUUUCACAUUUAUAUACAUUUACAGUGCUCGCUCAGUAAUCUGAACUAUUGAUAGGGGAUUAUUCGAAUUAUUGAAAAAUUCGGAUUAAAGAGGGUGUUAAAAAAAUACAUACAUAUGUAACAAAAAAUUUAACACUGUUGUUAUAUUAUAUUAAUCAACACACUAUUAUUAUUGCAUACAAAAUGUUAGACCUAUUAUAAUAUAGAAUAUAUCUGUACCAACAAUUUUUCUUUAAAACAUCAGUUUAAAAAAAUUAAUAUUUUCUUUGUUGUUUUUUCUCUCAUUUUUAAGCAGUAGGUAUUUUAACUUAAGAAAAAUGUAGACUUAUUUAACAUUUGAUUUUUUAGUUGUGAAGGAAAGUGAGGGAGUGACGGGACAAAAGAAAUUCUCGAAGGUUCGUAUAGUCUAAGCUGGUCGUGGUCUUUUGUAUGACUCUCCCUCUUACUCACUCACUCUCUUUCAUUCUCUCUCUCUCACUCUCUCCCUUUCUCCUCUCUACCUCUGACCCCUUUCCCCUCCCAAAUAAUAUUUUAUUUGUUUCCGUUAAAAUUCUCACUUCUUGUAUUUUUCCCCCAGUUCAUAUUACUGGAAUGUGCCAAAGUUCAAAUUAGGGAGAGAGCACUGUAUUUAUAAUUUGCUCAUAUCUACAAUUUUAACAAACUUGUCAAUAAUUAGAUCUCUAAUCCUUUUAUAAUUUGUUUGUAAUUUUAGAAUCAAGUGAGCAAAACUAAUAAUAAUAAUAAAAAAAU